CCUUCUUUUCCUCUUUCCCCUUCUCUCUAUUCUAUUCCUCGUUUUUACUCUGUGGCGAUUCCUUGCAUACUUCAACCUCGUCAUUCUUCAUCUACUUCUUCUGCACCCUACGUCCCAAACCAAAACCUUCUUCUUCUCCAUGGCUUUCUCAGGCCCGUAAAUUAGAUUAGCUGUGAGGGGUCAUCUGCAGCUAUUCGGAUUCAUUAUCGUUGGUUUGAGAUUAAAAUAGAGUUAUUAUCCAAUUGUAUAUCCAGCCCCUAUUGCAAUCGAUAAGCUUCUUGCAAGGUGUUAUCAGUAGAUUAGUUGAUCACACCUUUACAGGAUGCCGUAUUAUAUACAGAGACUUUAUAGGCUGUGCAAGGCUUCCUUUUCACCAAAUGGACCUGUCUCAGAAGAAGCCGUUGCAAAAGUUUGUGAGAAGUUAGAAAAAAUCAAGCCGUCAGAUGUAGGUCUUGAACAGGAGGCACAAGUGGUUCGUAAUUGGUCUGGUCAAAUGCCUGAAUGCAACGGGAACCAUCAACAGCCACCACCGAUCAAAUACCUGCAUUUGUAUGAAGAUGACAGCUUCUCUAUAGGAAUUUUUUGUAUGCCCCCUUCAUCUAUUAUUCCUCUCCAUAAUCAUCCUGGAAUGACAGUCUUAAGCAAGCUCUUAUAUGGUUCAGUGUAUGUUAAAUCUUAUGAUUGGAUUGAUUUCCCUGGUCCAACUGAUCCAUCUGAAGCUAGAGCUGCAAAACUUGUCAAAGAUACCGAGAUGACAGCACCAACUGCAACAACAGUUCUUUAUCCUACCCUUGGAGGGAACAUACAUACUUUUAGGGCAGUAACUCCCUGUGCAAUCUUUGAUGUGUUGUCUCCGCCUUAUUCCUCAGAACAUGGAAGACACUGCACUUACUUCCGGAAAUCGCAGAGUAAAGAUCUUCCAGGUAAUCUUCAGUUGAAUGGAGUUACAGUUUCUGAUGUGUCCUGGUUGGAAGAAUUUCAACCUCCAGAUGACUUUGUGAUCCGUAGAGGGAUUUACAAGGGUCCUGUCAUUAGAACUUAAAAAGAAUUUGGCUUUUUUAUCGAAUAGGGUACAACAAAGGGAAUUGUGGAAGGAGUUGUCAAAAAGCCAAUACAAUAAUUUUAUUCUUUAUUAGGCAUUUGGUUUGUACAUAACAAAGCACUAUUGUAGUCCCUCUUAAGUCUUAGGUCACCGACCUCACCUUAAUCCAGUAAAUUAGUAACGGAAUGUGAAAAAGGACCUCGAUCAUGAUGAGUGGACUUAUUAAAUUUUGUUUGCUUAUUGUUGAGAAUAAGAUACAAUAUAUCAUUUUUGUUUUCUCUUUGCUU